CUCGCAAACCAUCCGCGACUUAGCCCGUAUGGCGCGUCGCGUCGGUGUAUAAACAUGCUUGAAUUUUCAAACCAGACUUCAUCAGUGUUCCACUCAGUUUAUUCGUAGUCGUUCCUGUUUGUUUUGUUUACGAUUGUUGAAAGACGUGCUUUAUCCCAUUUGAUACGCACGUUUGUUCCUGCCGUUUUUUGCUAUUCGAACGCGCAUCUUCGACUUUUUUCUCUAUAACUUCAGUGUUUGUGCUGUGUGUUCAGUGUUCUUUGCUUUGGAUUAACACGUACCUGCGUUGCUGCUGUUCACUCUUGGACAGAAUCGCUCAAACGGAACAUUAAGGUUGACAGUAUGAUGUCCUGUUCUCUUCCAAUUGUGCCAGUUUUGCCGUCGUUGCCUUCGCUGACUACAUCCCAGGAUUACCCAAUUCAUAUAGGAAUAAAGGUAAAGCUAGAGCAAAAUGUAGGCAAGCCAUCCAGAGUGAUUCAUAUCCGAAACAUCCCAUCCGAUGUCAGCGAAGCUGAAAUCAUUCACUUGGGCCUACCAUUUGGUAGAGUUACAAAUGUUCUUGUACUGAAAGGAAAGAACCAAGCGUUUUUGGAGAUGGGAGAUGAAGCUGCAGCUACAAGCAUGGUUUCGUAUUUCGGUGGCUCUGUAGCUCAGCUGCGAGGCAGAUCAGUAUACGUGCAGUAUUCAAAUCACAAAGAAUUGAAGACUGAUCAAACUCAUUCAAAUGCGGUAAGUGGUGCUGCUAUUCAAGGUGACAUGAUGAUUUUGAAUGCAUCGGCUCAGGCAGCUUUGCAAGCGGCUCAGGUGCACGCUCUAACGAACAACUCUGUAACCCCAUCAGCGACCCCAACGACCCCAGUCACAAACGGUCAGGACAUUCAGGGUGGACCAAAUACAGUGCUCAGGGUUAUUGUGGAACAUAUGAUCUACCCCAUUAGUUUGGAUAUUUUGUAUUUGAUAUUCCAUCGCUACGGCAGAGUCCUAAAAAUUGUCACGUUCACCAAAAACAACUCCUUCCAAGCGUUGAUCCAGUACCCUGAUAAGGAAUCCGCACAAGCCGCGAAACAGGCCUUGGACGGACAAAAUGUUUACAACAGUUGUUGUACUUUGCGCAUCGAUUACUCAAAAAUGGCCUCACUCAAUGUAAAAUAUAACAACGACAAAUCGCGAGAUUACACAAACCCCAGUCUACCUACUGGAGACGGUACUGACAAUCAGUUGGCCUUAGCCGGAGGAUUGGCUGGAGGCCUGGGAGCUGACAUACUGCUAUUGGCUGCCCAGCCUCGGCUAGCUAGAGAGCGAUUGGCAGAUUCUAUUCUUGCUGGUGCACCAGGUGUGUUGAACGCGCCUUUCAUUCACGCGGUGGGCUCUCCUUUGGGUGCUCCCUAUGCUAAUGGAGGAGCGGGAUCCAUUCCAGGUCUGACCGGCUUUGCCACCCUCGGCCAAACUGCGACAGGGCUGCGCGGUUUGACUACCCCCGGCCUAAGCUUGGCAACUGUCUUGCUUGUUAGCAACUUGAAUGAAGAGAUGGUCACGCCUGACGCUCUCUUUACACUAUUUGGCGUUUAUGGCGAUGUGCAGCGCGUGAAGAUUUUGUACAAUAAAAAAGAUUCCGCUCUUGUACAAUUAGCUGAACCACAUCAAGCACAUUUAGCAAUAACUCAUAUGGACAAGUUGAAAGUAUUUGGAAAGCACAUUCGAGUGAUGUUGAGCAAACAUCAAUCCGUGCAGAUGCCUAAGGAAGGACAACCAGACGCUGGCCUAACCAAGGAUUACAGUCAGAGCCCAUUGCAUAGGUUUAAGAAGCCGGGCUCCAAAAAUUACCAGAACAUCUACCCACCCUCUGCGACAUUGCAUCUAAGUAACAUUCCAGCAACCGUCAAUGAAGAGGACAUUAAGAAGGCGUUCACAGACAAUGGUUUCACGGUUAAAGCUUUCAAAUUUUUCCCAAAAGACAAGAAAAUGGCCCUAAUUCAACUGCCAAGCAUGGAAGAAGCCGUGAUCGCGUUGAUAAAAAUGCAUAAUUUCCAACUAUCAGAAUCAAAUCAUCUAAGGGUGUCAUUCUCCAAAUCGAGUAUAUAAUGCCCUGAAGAGACACAACAGUAUUCAUUCCAUUAGCCCAGUCCGAAAGGUAGCUAAUUGACAACGUUACAAAAAUCGCGCAUAUUUAUUAUCAUAAUAAUAUAAUGACGCAAUUUUUUUGUUAUUUAAUAGACUGUUUUUGGCAGGUUAAGUUCUUGUGUAAGAUUUAAUUAUAUAUCAACCGACAAAUCAGUAUAGAACUCAGUAGGUACUGAACAGUCGGUGAAAAUGGAAAUGUUCGUAAAAACACCAAUAAACUUAUUCAUAUCAAGCUUUAUUUGUUCUUACCUUAUUUUCUCCAUUUUCACUGAACGUUGACUAGAAAAUAACUUUUAAAACACUAUCUUCAAGAGAAGCAUAUAUUUACAUAAGUUACAUUUUAAUUGUUAGUGUUACGUAAUAUUUCUAUAUUUUCUUAAUUACUCUAUUUUAUAAAUUACCCCCUAUUUUUUCUACAUUUUGCAAUGGCGCUUGAGAUCUACUUCACUGCAGUAUUACAAUUGCUUUAAUUUCGUUGACCAACGGUUUAACAGAAUGGAAUUAAUGUUCGCUGAAGAAGAUUGCAAAAUUAACGCCGCGAUGUUGUUUUUUUGUAAGUUAAUAUAUUUAGAGAUGUUUAACGCGUGUUAAAUGUAUGUAUGUGACAGGCCAUCUAUGUUCAAUGUUAACACAGAAGGUAUGGCACAUAGGUUAUUUCAUGUGCAAUAUGAUAGGUACGAUCUAUAAUAAGUAAGAUAAUAUCUAAAUCUUAGUUCUUUAAAAAAAUCUAUGAACAGGAGGCAUUAAGUCGUGUUAAAAAUUAUGUAGUCGUGAAUCGUGUAAAGGACUGUUUCUUCAGAUUAAAACAAAUUAAAAUGGGGUUGAGCAACGGCAUUCACUAGCGGGCAUCGUUCAUCCAAAAUUGAAUGAACGCUCAAAUCAAAGUGAUGGUGUUUGCAGCUCAAGUCAAUUAGGUCAGUAUUUAAGAGCAGUGGACUUAAUGCGCCUCUCGAUACGUUAAGGUUUUGAAAAUAUACAUGAAGAAACCUAAUUAGUAUUAUAUGGCUAGUAAGUAUUAUUACAUGUCGCGGAGUUUUUUAGCAUAUUUGGUAGGUUAGCCAGUGAAUCUAGUUUAGGAUAAUCACAGGGUGUAGCCGUACCCUAGAGAUAUGAAUUGCGUUUCUCAAAUGAGAGACAUUCAUAUUUUCUUGAUACAGGCAAUCGUGUUUAAACUAAUCUCGAAAAAUAAGAUGAAUCUCAAUUACUAUAAAUACAAAUCUGUAGAACUGUCUUGUUCCCCCACUUAUGCUCCUCUAUCCUUCGAACAUGCUUGCCUGAAUCUCUGUAAGCUAAUCUAAUCUAGUGAUUAUAUUUCUUUAUAAAUAUCUAUACACUAUUCACUUUGACAAUCAUAAAUUUCAUAAUUUUGUAAAUUAAAAGUGUAAAAAUGAAAGCGUGAAUAAGUUUGCCUGUACAAAAAAACAAAGGAGGUAAAAAAUAUUACCUUAACAAAAGAUGAACAGUGAGUAAUCUAAGCCACAUGAACAACAAACCUCGUUAAUUAAAAAUGUCCGCGUUCAAUUUAUUCUAGUCACUGUAUCCAAUAUUUCAACAUUUCAUUCGAGGACUAACUAUUGAUUAUCUAAAUUUCCGACUUCAUGCUCUACUUCCUUCCGUUUUUUGUAUAAUCAAAAUUCUCUGUUGUCGAAUGACAUAUCACGCAAGCAAGCAUUUGCCAAAUUCGAAGUCAAUAUCUACAAUAUAAUAACUGUGUGACUGUAUGUUUUUGAAAGAUAUAUAUUUUUUAACGUUUGCCUUUUAAGUCCGCAGAAUCGCAUUCUUCUUUUAUUAAAAUACAUAAGUUCGCUGUUUAGAUUUUGUUUUCGCUUUUCUUCUGUAUUCGAUUUUUAAUGCUUCUCAGGUUUAUUCUUAGUUUUCUUGUAUUUACCUAUAUGACCGUAUAUUAUUGCAUUUAUUCUUUUUAGUUAUGUUACUUGAUUUGUAGUUGAUUAAAUACAACUUUUCAAGUAUUA